UCUUUCUAUCCUCUCCGUGACCGCAUACACUCAUUUUUCUGCGCAUACGAGGCAGCUUCUGUCCGACAAAAGUACCAUUUGUCCUGCAAGAACGGCAGAAACGCAGCACUUUAACUUUUGACUUUCCGCUUGGUCGGAGCCCGAUCGCCACGCGAGAGAGUGACUAUAUGCGGGAAAGACCACUUAUGCUGUUGCUACACCCGCUUGUCGUCCGCUUGAUGUAUUUUCUUCCUCUCUGCGCCAGGGUUUCUUAUCGCCUGCUCACGAUCAUGAACUUUGUAAAUAGCUGUACUCCUGCAAGGCUGUCCAUCGCCUCCAGUGUCCUCACAUACGAGGAUCUGCACCCGUGUAAACGGGGAAAGUCCUUCUUCUCCGCCAGACCUCGUGCAACCAGCUUUCGCAAUGGUCGGCUUCUUAGGCUCAUUUUGUUCUCCGGUCAGAGCUACUUUUGCUACAGGAAGUUCCGAAGUAAGCAAGCGUUCCUAGGCCCUGUCGCAGGCCCAGUUUCCGUGCGAUAUCUUACCCUCCAAGAGGCGUGUAUCAGGUCAUGCUGUUCUGAUAGAAUGCUUCUCAAACCAUGUGUACCACAUGCUUCUCAUUCCUGUGCGAUCUAUCAGACGUCCUUAGUCUACAAGUAAUAUAUGAGCUUAUUGGACCGCAAGCACGAAAGCUGCUUGUCUGAGUUUCCUGUCACACUCCCGCACGAGGUCACACUAAGUCACCCGCCGAUGCGUCACACUACGUCUUCAAAGCGGUCGUUCACCCGUUCUCAACUCAAUUAUCAUCAUCUAGUGUCUGAUUGGCGGCCAUGGCUACAACCAGCAAGCAAUAUAAGGUGAUCGGCGAAGAGCUUUGGAAAGGUCGAGCAGAAAAGACUAAUGCCGAGCUCUUUGCUCUAACAUACGGUGCUCUGGUCGUUCAGCUCAUCCAGGACUAUGAGGACUACGAGGAAGUCAACAAGCAGUUGGAGAAAAUGGGGUACAACAUCGGAACGAGACUGAUCGAAGACUUCCUCGCACGGAGUAACAUAGGACGAUGUGUUGACUUUCGUGAGACUGGCGAAGUUGUCGCAAAGGUUGGAUUCAAGUCCUUCCUGAACAUUACACCGAGUGUGACCCACGGAGGCCUUCCGAUUGCAGCUUCACCCACUCGAUCCAGUACGGCUUCCCCAGCACCCACUAUUCCUGGUGCGACCUUUACCUUGACUUUGGAUGAGAAUCCACUCGCAGAGUUCGUAGAACUUCCAGAGGAAGCGUUGGAAGGAGGGCUUUGGUUCAGCAACAUCCUUUGCGGCGUACUAAGAGGUGCUUUGGAAAUGAUUCAAAUGCAGGUCACGGCUACGUUUAUCUCCGAUGUGUUGCGAGGGGACGAAACGACAGAGAUCAAAGUCACCCUUGUCAAGUAUCUCGAGGAAGAAGUUCCCGUAGGAGAUGAUUAGUUUCAUGUACAUUAUAACAUAUCAUAUAUAUCCCUCAUAACCUGGACCGGACGCGUUUUUCAAGUCACAACAUGUAUACGUCAAAAGAGCAGAAGCGUACACAUACCAUCUAAUUAUAACGACCAAGCCUGUUGAGCUUCCUCGCAGUCUUAGCAUUAGUCUGGGUGUUCUGUCCUCUAACAGGAAGACUGAGAGCAUGCCGCCUUCCAACAUAACUUCCGAUCAUCCGCUGGUGCAU